CUGCUAUAAUCAGCCUACGCUUGUGGUGGUGAUACCCAGCGUACACGGGUUUAUCUCGAAACGUCUCACAUCCACUGUUACCUCUUAGCGUAUUUAUAUCUUAGCACAGCAUAUUCAGACUUUAGGACAGAGACGGCACUAGUCCAGUCGGAAUCAUGUCUGUAGCGGGACUAAAGAAACAAUUCCACAAAGCCACUCAGAGAGUUAGUGAGAAGGUCGGAGGGGCAGAGGGAACUAAAUUAGAUGAAGACUUCAUGGAAAUGGAAAAGAAAGUUGACGUCACCACAAGGGCUGUGAUGGACAUUAUGACCAAGACAACGGAGUACCUACAGCCCAAUCCAGCAACUCGUGCCAAAAUGAGUAUGAUGAGCUCCAUGUCUAAAAUCCGUGGUGGGGAUAAAGGUCCUGGCUACACACAGACUGAAGUCAUCCUGGCAGAGUCCAUGCAAAAGUUUGGGAGGGAACUCGGGGAGGAAUCCAGCUUUGGUCUGGCUCUGAUCGAUGUUGGAGAAGCCAUGCGAGAGCUAGGUGAAGUUAAAGAUGCUCUAGACAUGGAGGUCAAGCAAAACUUUAUUGAUCCCUUGCAGAAUAUGCAUGAUAAAGACUUAAAAGAAAUCCAGCAUCACCUGAAGAAGUUGGAAGGCCGACGGUUGGACUUUGACUAUAAGAAGAAAAGGCAAGGAAAAGUCACAGAAGAUGAGAUCAAACAGGCCUUGGAGAAGUUUGAUGACUCAAAGGAGGUUGCCGAACAAAGCAUGUUUAACCUUCUGGAGAGUGAUAUUGAACAAGUGAGUCAGCUUUCUGCUCUGGUCCAAGCUCAGGUGAACUACCACAGACAGGCCACAGAAAUCCUUCAGCAGCUGUCCAGCAAGUUAGAGGACAGAAUAAGAGAGACUUCUAAUAAGCCAAGAAGAGAGUAUGUCCCCAAACCUCGCACUUCCAUUGAUUUCAGUGAGAACCACAAUGGGAACAGUGGGCACAGUGGCCCUUCCAGGUCACCAGCUCCAAUGGACCAGCCUUGCUGUCGGGCACUUUAUGAUUUCGACCCUGAAAAUGAGGGUGAGCUAGGCUUCAAGGAAGGUGACAUCAUCACGUUAAGCAGCAAGAUUGAUGACAACUGGUAUGAAGGAGUGAUCAAUGGGCAAUCUGGCUUCUUCCCUGUCAAUUAUGUAGAUAUCCUGGUAGCUUUACCCCAGUAAGUCUUAUGCAUGUACUCUAAUCAUGACCCAACCAAUCAAACCACUUCUUCUGCAAGAAGAGAAAAUAACCAAAACAAACAGCACAAACAGCUCUGUGGUAUUUGCUCAUAGGAAAUAAGCAACAAAAUCAUUUGAGUGCUCUUUCGUAAAUAUUAUUCCUGACUUUGAAUGCCACCACUUUGUUGUAUUAAUUUCUUUAAUUUUCUUGAGGUUGAUCUGACCUCUGCAUUGCCUGCUGCUAUUCCUCCUGUAUUUUCAGACAUUGUUCAUUUUUGCCUGUUUCCAUUUGCAACAGCAAGCCUUGAAUUGGUCUCUUUAUCCAAACCCUUUUAAAAAAAAAAACAUCUGCAAUAAAAUAAGAAAAUGUAUUUUAGUUUUUACGUUCUGAGCAUAAUGUAUUUAUGAAAAGUUAUUUGAAGAAUAAUGAUUAAGGUGAUGUGAAGUAUUAAACAUUUGAAGGAUUUUUUUUUCUUUGAAAUUGCAAUAGUUGCAAAAACAAAAUACAUAUUUCCUGUUCAUAGUGUGAAAUGUUCCAAUGUUUCUUUAAUGUCCUAAAAUAAAUUUUAGCCUUUAUGUGGUGGUAGAUUUAACUAUUUAAAUAGAUUAAUAUUUAGCAACAAAGAAAAAAAUUGAGACAAGGAAAGUUAAGCAAAUCAUUUCUUUGUUUUUACAGUGUGUCAUUUAUCUGUCAUGUAACAUUCUGUACGGUCCAUGAAUUCAGUGGGCAUUUUCAAGCUUUCAUAUCACAUUCCAUAGAUGGUAAACUGGUCACUAAAAGGUAACCCUUUUGUGUGUGUGUGUUACUAUAUGCCUUUUAAACUCUUUAAGGAUCUGAUUAAUACACGGUUGUUUCACCUCAUCAUUAAACUGGAAGUAUUUUAACCUCACAAAAAUUACACGCGUCACCUGGUGUCAGAUUUAAGGCAAGGAUUAAUUUCUGACUAAAUGAUGUAUAAUUUGGCCUAAUAUUUCCACAGACAGAAAAAGAAAAUUUAAGUGCGUUUAGUUGAUGCAUUUAUUAUUGUCAAAUCUAAGAUCCCUUUAUAUUUAAAAAAUAAAAUGACCUUAUCUUGUAUUGGCAGGACAUUACAAUAUUUUUUAAAUUGUUGUUUAUCCUCAGUGAGGUCUGUACAGUCAUUUUUGUGUUUUAUUUCCUAUUUGUGUAUAGUCACGUAACUAUAGGACCAUGUGUUACUUUUGGAUCAGUGUUAAAGCAUUUACCACUAGAUAUAAAAUAGACACUGGAUAUUUAUUAAAGUGCUGCAUAUCAACUCCAGCAUGAAUUUUCAGUGACUCAUCUGAAUUGUUAGGCUUGUACUGGGAAUGAAAAAUAGUGCAACUACAAUAAAAAAAAACAACAACAACAGUUGAAUGGUGCUAUGUGGAGUGUUGUGUAUUUUGUUUGACAAACCAGUAGGUGAUGCUGCCACAACACAGACUGGAUAUUUUUCCUUGUUUAACUCAGAAUUUGACCUAUUUCACUGGUGUGUAAUUGCCCAUUGGUGCAUUAAACUUUCUUGAAUAUU